AUGUCUAACCAAAUGUGGUUGCCAAAGCUCACCGGAAUAACGGCUUCUAUUUGUUUCGGGAUAAAUGUAUUGAUAAUUAUUAGUCUAACAUUUGACCGCUUAGCAAAAACUUGUUUUCAAGGAUGGGCAAGAUUUAUGGUGUUUCCAUGCGUUUGGACAGCUAUAUGGAAUAUACUUGUAUACAAUUCGGGAGAUCUUAUUAACUACGCGUUUGCAUUCCUGGGCAGUAUCGAAAUGUUACAGUUUGCAUCUCUUUCGGGUUUGGGGGGCCUCAAUUUUCUCCUUGCGUGGGGUGGAACAGUAGGUGCACACUUAAUCAACAAAUUGUCACUUACAUCCCACAGUCAUGAAUCUUUACUACCCACUAAGAAUAAUCAAGAAGAUUCGUCUUCAUUGAUUAUGAAUACAGGACGAAGGAAUCGAAAGACUUUUAAUAUAAUGACAAAUCCAGUUUUGGCUUAUAUUGUUGCUCUAUUUCUAAUAAUCGGAUAUGGGUCAAUUAGGAUUUCGUUAGCUUAUAUACCAUUUUACCAAAAAAAUAUCGAAUCAUUUGUCCCUUCUAAUUUGACUAAAGUUGGAUGCGUGAUUGGCGGCGUGACUGUAGAACAUGAAAAUUCAUAUUAUAUCGAAAGAACAAGAGAUCUAGCUUCUAAUGGUACUCAAUUUAUCCUAUGGUCAGAGAAAGUAGCAAUCGCCAAUGAUACAAAACAACUCGACGAUCUUACAAGCGGAAUUAAAGAAGUUUCUCGCGUAUAUAAUACUUAUAUUGGAUUUACAUAUAUAGAUUCAUCUUCACCGGACGGAAGAAAAUAUAACAAACUAACAGUAAUUUCGCCCACGGGUGAUGUUCUAAUAGAUUAUGCAAAGAGUAAUUUAGUACCUGUUAUUGAAAACGAUAUAAGUCCUGGAACAGAUAUCUUACAAACUUUCGAUACACCAGAUUUUGGGAUUAUCGGAGGUGCAAUUUGCUAUGAUUACAAUUUUCCUAAAUUAAUUGGUCAAGCUUCGACGCAUGAUGUUGAUUUUAUGUUAGAUACUAGUUUGACUUGGGGUCCGAUAGGGAAUUAUCAUCCACGAAUAAAUGUAAUUAGAUCCAUUGAAAAUGGAUUCACCCAUUUUAGAUGUAAUAGCUAUGGGAUAAGUGGUAUAUGGGGCCCAUACGGAGAACAAUAUGCCGCCAUCCAAACAUUAGAAGAUAUAUCAUUUACAUUCCAGGUACCUUUAUAUAGACGCGUGAAAACAGUUUAUGGAGUUUUUGGAGAAGCCUUGGCGUGGGCAUGUUUGGGAUUCACGGCCGCGUUCUUUAUUAUUAUAAUUCUAAUCAUGUAUGGUCCAGAGAGUGCAAAAAAAAUAGUUAUACGAUUAGCUAUGAAACUAAGGAUGUAA